AUGCGUCUAUUCAAUCGCAAGGGCUCAAAGCCCCAGGUUUCUCCCGGCGGCAGUCAGCCAAACAGUUCCAAUGGCUCUCUGCGCUCCCCUGGUCCCACUCCAAACGGCUCCCGCCCGACCAGCUUUCCAGACGUCCCGCUGCCAAAGGCCCCCGAUCCAUCUCUCGACCCGGCCGGCUACCUGCGCAGCAUCUAUGCAGUCCGCGAACGCUCCCGCCUGGUCCUGGAAAAGGCAAAAAAGAACCAGCUCAAGCACUUCACUGUCGACAUGAGCAAGUUUGGAGAUGUCGCCAGCUUUGUAGUCUCCAUUAUCAAGCGCGACUAUGCUCCCGACUACGCAUCCAUCCCCCCGCAUGGCAGAUGGCAGCACUUUGACGUUGGUGGCCGCCCGCGAAUUGACCAACUCAUGGCCUCGUGGCCCUCGACUGUCGACAACCAAGAGCGAACGCGCCGCCUGCUUGACCUGUUUCUUGUUUCUGUCCUGCUCGAUGCUGGCGCUGGAACAAAAUGGCAGUACAAGAGCAAAGAGUCUGGCAAACUCUACCGCCGCAGCGAGGGUCUCGCCGUCGCCAGUCUGGAAAUGUUCAAGGCCGGCACAUUCAGUAGCGACCCCAAAGAGCCUUUCCAAGUCGACAGUGCUGGCCUGAAGAAGCUCGACGUUGCGACCGUGGCCCGUGGCCUUCAGGUGACUGCUUCCAACCCAAUUGAUGGUCUCGAAGGCCGCACUACUUUGCUUCUUCGCCUCGGAGAGGCCCUGCAGAACUCAGAAGUCUUUGGUCUCGAGGCUCGCCCAGGAAACAUGCUUGACUAUCUUCUCUCACAUCCCACGACACAAGCAUCUUCUGUCCCCAUUAUCCCUCUGCCCACGCUUUGGAACACGCUCAUGGACAGCCUCACUCCCAUCUGGCCAGCAUCGAGGACCCAAAUCGACGGCGUACCCAUGGGCGACGCAUGGCCCUGUUCCGUCAUGCCAUCGCAUCCGACCCACCCAUGGGAAAACAUUGUCCCAUUCCACAAACUCACUCAGUGGCUCGCCUAUUCACUCAUGGUACCCAUGACCAGGCUACUCCACGUGCACUUUGCCGGCGCUGAACUCCUGACUGGACUGCCAGAAUACCGAAACGGAGGUCUCUUCAUCGACGUUGGCCUCUUGACACUAAAGCCCGAAGACCAAGAGCGCGGCCUGGCGCAAUACCAGGAGAAUGCUCAGCAAAAGGGUCAGCCCAGCAUGGAAGUGGUUCCCAUGUUCACGGCCGACGACGACGUGAUUGUGGAGUGGCGCGCGGCAACCGUUGGCCUUCUUGACGAGCUUUUAGCCGAGGUGAACAAGCUGCUACGUUUGAGCGGGCCAGACAAAUUGACCCUGGCCCAGAUGCUGGAAGCGGGAAGUUGGAAGGGAGGUCGCGAAAUUGCCGAAGUGUCGCGGCCCAACACUAAAGAACCGCCGAUCAUGAUCCUCUCGGACGGCACUGUUUUCUAA